AUGGUGGUGAGCACAGUGGUGGUAGAUGUGCUUAUGCUGGGAAGCACGGUGGUGGCGGAUGUGCUGUUGCUGGGAAGCACGGUGGUGGUGGAUGUGCUUAUGGUGGUAAGCACGGUGGUGGUAGAUGGGCUGAUGAUGGUGAGCACAGUGGUGGUAGAUGUGCUUAUGGUGGUAAACAUGGUGGUGCCACCACAGCGCGGUGGUUGUGGUGGUGGUCAUGAUGAUGGUGGUCAUGUUGGUGAUGAGUAUGAUGGUAGAGGUGAUUGUCAUGAUGGUUAUGAGCACGGUGAUGGUGGUGAUGGUUAUAAGCAUGGUUAUGGUGGUGGUGGUGGUGUGACUGAUGGUGGUGAGCACGACGGUGAUGGUGGUGGUUAUGAUAGUGAUGAGCAAGAAGAUAGUGGUGAUUGUCAUGAUGGUUAUGAGCAUGGUGAUGGUGAUGAUCGUGAUAAGCACGGUGAUGGUGUAAGUGAUGGUCAUGAUUUUGUUGAGCAAGAUGGUAGUGGUGAUUGUCAUGAUGGUUUUUAG